AUGCAAUCUUUACUACAUGAUCAAAGAGUUGGAAUCAUUACUCCCUAUGAAUAUGCAGCUACAAUAACAGAAGUGUGUCAGAGUAACUUAAAAGAAGUCAAAGGAGCGUUCCCCUUAAAGAAUAAUACCCGAGCGGCUAUCAAUUGGUUAUCACUUGAAGAGCAAGAAUGGCGGUAUCUUCUCAGUGCUAAUGCUGAUUCGUCAAUUGACCUUUGGGAUACAAACUCAGGUGAAGGGAUCAAUGAAGGAGAGAAAAUCACUCGCUUGAUUCAUGUGCCUCGUAAAUCAGCUCAUACGUACGGCGUACUGUGCAUACAAUGGUAUCCAAGAGACACAGGGAUGUUUGUAACGUCUUCUUUUGAUCAUACGGUAAAGGUAUGGGACACCAAUGAAUUCUCUCCAGUACAUGAAUUCAAUGUUGAUCAAAGAGUAUAUUCUAUUGAUGUCCUGGAAAGUGCAACAGUAGCUGUAGGACUGGAUCAACUGUUUAUCAGAUUAUUGGAUCUCAGAUCUGCUGCAAGCGCUCAUACACUUUCGGGUCACAAGGGGAAGACUUUGUCAGUAAAAUGGCACCCUCUACAUACUAAUGUUCUUGCAUCUGGUGGAUAUGAUGGGGAAGUCCGUAUAUGGGAUAUUCGAAGAAGUAAAAGUUGUCUUUGUCGUUUGGAUAUGUUGAAGACGGCUGAUGGCGAUGAUAUAACGGAAUUCAAUUAUGUCAAACAUAUUCGAAUACCUUCAGUUAAAGCACAUCUGGGACCUGUUAAUGGUUUGACUUGGGAUUCUAGUGGCACAUUACUUUAUUCAGCAGGAAACGAUGAUAAGGUAAGGGUGUGGGAUAUGACUCUGCCUUCACCUCCUCCAACAAAUUUACUUAUAAACUUUGGUCCAUUGACCCGAAACAAAUAUCCUCAAACAAUUCCUCUACUACUUAACCAUCGUCAUGAAUCCAAUUCCCCAAUGCUCUUUUUCCCAUCUGACAAUGGAGAUGUUUACGGAUUUCGAGCUGCCGAUGGGAAAUUGAUAUGUCGGUUACAUAGAUCUUCGUCCACUAAAUUCACUGCACAGCAGGAUCGAACCACUGCCAUGGUCCGUGGUUCUCCGUUCCUGUCGAAAUAUAUCCAUGGCACGGCUAAUGGUGCACUUGUAAUGUGGGCUCCCAUGUUUGAUCUGCCUACUGCUACUCAAGUGUUUGGAGAUUUGGUCCAUGAUGAUGAUGAAGAGUAUGAACUGAUUUCUACUGUAGAAGCAGAACAGAAACGGCUCUGUCUCCGCCAGGAAGCAAAGAGAAAGGGAAUAGAGCUCGGAUGA